AAGCCAAAAACAACAGCAGCUCUUCAUCUGAUUGUGAUGGAACAAAUAACUCGACAUAAAAACAAUUUCUACACUGGUGGAAUCCAGUGUGCAUGCCAUGGUAAAAACAGAGAGACUGUUGGAGGCACACAGUCGGUUUAAUGUUUAAUUUUUUCUGACUCAGACAACUUCACCCCAGCCUAACAGAAAACAGAACUUGAACAAGUCACGCAACCACUUGCAGUUGUUUUUGUCUGUUGUUUUUCUUGUUUUAGUGAAUGUGAAAAUGGAAAAAAAGAUGAAGUGUGUGCUUAUAUUACUCCUCUGUUCUCCUGCUGCAUCUCCAGUAAAACACUCCCUGAAGUUUUUCUCCACUGAAACCUCUGGAGUCCAGAGUAUCCCAGAGUUUGUGGCUGGUGCACUUGUUGAUGAAGUUCAGAUAGGUGACUUCAACAGUGUAAGAGGAGCAGAGCUAAAGAAAGACUGGAUUAAAUUCUUUGAGGAUCAUCCUCAGCACCUGGAGUGGUAUAGUUUACAAUCUCAUGACAGUCAUCACUUCUUUAAGGCUACAAUUAAGACUUUGAGGCAACGUUUCAACCAAACUGAAGGUGUUCAUAUCAUCCAGAGGAUGAAUGGCUGUGAGUGGAAUAAUGAGACUGGUGAGAUUAAUGGGUUCAAUCUGUACAGUUAUGAUGGAGAAGACCUUCUAGCAUUGGACCUGCAGACACUGACAUGGAUCACUCCAAAACCACAGGCUGUCAUCACCAAACUGAGAUGGGAUGCUCAAAAAACUCGAUUAGAAUUAAACAAAAACUUUUUAGGCCAUCGGUGCCCUGAGUUUUUAAAGGAGUAUUUGCAGUAUGGCAGGAGCUUUCUGCAGACAGCAGUUCUUCCCUCAGUGUCGCUCCUCCAGAAGACUCCCUCCUCUCCAAUCAGUUGCCACGCUACAGGUUUCUAUCCUGACAGAGGUUUGAUGUUCUGGAGGAAAGAUGGAGAGGAGCUUCAUGAAGGUGUAGAUGCCGGAGAGAUCCUCCCCAACAAUGAUGGGACCUUCCAGUUGAGUGUUGAUUUGAAACUUUCAUCAGUCACACCUGAAGAUUGGCAGAGGUACGAUUGUGUGUUUCAGCUCUCUGGUGUGAACGAGGACAUGAUCACCAAACUGGACAAAACAGCGAUCAGGACCAACUGGAAAAAGCCCACUGACAUGGGAACCUUCAUCGCUGCUGCAGUGAUUGUUCUAGCUUUCACCAUCAUCACAGCUGUGACAUUUUUGACCUACAUAAAUAAAAAAUCUCUUGACGAUGGCUCUGAGCAGUCUGAGAGACUAAAUCCACAAAGCUGAGUGUCCUAAGAAGUUCUUCACUCCGCUCUCUGUAUGACUUUCCUCCAGCUGCUGCUGUCGCCUCAGUGUUUCAAAUACAUAUGUUAAAAACACCAGUGAAUCAAUUAAGCACAGGU